AUGACGACCUUCUCGACCGACCCCGCCCUCUACAUCUUCACGUCCCUGACGGCCGGGUCGAUGCAAAUCGUCACGGGCACAUCGCGCAUGGAGACCAUCCUGCGCGCCAACAAGAUCCCCUUCAAGGCCGUCGACCUCGCCACCGACCAAAAGGCGCGCAUGCUCUGGGGCCGCCGCGCCGGCAAGGAUGCCAGCGGGCGCGCCCGCAAGCUGCCGGCGCUCGUGCAAGAGGGCAUUGUGCUGGGCGACAUUGUCGAGGUGGAGGAGUGGAACGAGUACCGCGAGCUCCUGAUGAACGUCAAGAUCUACUGGGACGAGUUUACGCAGCCGCCCAUCAGCGAGAAGCCGGCGGACCCGCCACCGAAGAAGAAGCGCGUGGCCACGCGGCCGCCUGCGGCCAAGGCUGUGGCAGAGGCGGCGGCAGCAGCAGCUGUUGCCAACAAGGCGGCGAGCGCAGCGUCAACGCCGGCGUCGACGGCCGCGGCCCCGCCGCCACCGCCCGGCCCUGCACCCCCGCCGUCCACCACCGUGAGCGGUUCCUCCGCUUCCUCGACGACAGCCAAGACGACGACAAAGGCCGGGGAGUCGACGGCCAUUCCCAUCCGGAGCAUUGCCGACGAGGCAGCAGCCAAGGCGAAGCAGGUGCGCUCCCAGAGCUUGCGCGACAAGGUCUACGGGAAGGGCGGCAAGCCCGAAGACAAGAAGGAGGCCAUCAACGAUACCAAGACGGAAGACGGGGGAAAGGAAGACGAAAAGAAGGACAAGAAGAAGGCGGCUGAGGAAGACGACGACGACGAGGAAGAAGAAUCGGAUGAGGAGGACAGCGACGACGACGAUGACGAUGAGGAGGAGGAAGAAAAGAAGGAAGCGAAGGACGCAACACCGGCCACGGCAGCUGCAGCAAAGCCGGCAACGCCAAAGAAUUCGGACAAGAAGGCCAAGGAUGACGAGGAAGAAUCGUCAGACGAAGAGGAUGACGAGGAUGAAGACGAUGACGAGGAAGAGUCCUCUGAAGAGGACGAUGAGGAUGAGGAGGAGACAAAGGCUCCGGCAAAAAAGCCCACAGCAGCAUCUACAGCAAAAGCAGCAGCAGCAGCAGGCAAGACGGCCAAGACCGACGCAAAAGACGAGAAGAGCAAGGAUUGGAAACCAACCGAUGUCGAUGCGCCAGUUACCAGCUUGCACGGCUCUCGUGUCGACAGCAACCUGUCCGCCAAGGAGAUUUCCGCCAUCGAAAAGGAGCAGGCGAUUGCUGAAGAAGACGAGUCUGACGAGGAUGACGAGGAUGACGAAGAUGAGGACGAUGACGAAGAAGAAUCUGAAGAAGAAGAAGGCGACGACGACGACGACGAUGAUGACAGUGACUCAGAAGAGGAGGAGGAGGAAAAACCAAAACCAAAAGAGAAGCCAAAGGCCGAGGAGGAGAAACCCAAACCCAAGGAAGCAAAGGCCAAGGCGAAGGAAGACAAGCCCAAGGCCAAGGAGACGAAGCCAAAGGCAAAGGACGACAAGCACAAGGCAAAGAAGGACAAGGCAAGGUCUAAGAAGUAG